AAUUCAAUGAAUAAGUCAAGAGCACACACUGUGACUGAAUUUGUUAUCUUGGGCUUUGGUGGUAGCUGGGAGACACGAAUCUUACUCUUUUCUCUGUUCUUCAUGAUCUAUAUCCUGACCAUGAUGGGGAAUGGGGCCAUCAUGUGUGCAGUGAAGUGGGACCAGAGGCUCCACACACCGAUGUAUAUCCUCUUAGGAAACUUUGCCUUUCUGGAAUUCUGGUAUAUAAAUUCCACUGUGCCCAACAUUUUAGGAAACCUCCUCUCAGAAACCAAAACCAUCUCAUUUGUUGGCUGUAUCAUCCAGUUCUAUUUCUUUACCUCCCUGGCAGCAACUGAAGUCAUUUUCCUGUGUAUCAUGGCUUAUGAUCGUUAUCUUGCCAUCUGCCGCCCACUACACUACCCAACAAUCAUGACCAUAAAACGCUGUUACACUUUGAUAUCUGGGUGCUGGAUGUUUGGCUUAUUAAGUUAUUUUCCAUCUACUAUCCAGCUCUCUCAGCUAUCAUUCUGUGGUCCCAACAUCAUUGACCACUUUCUUUGUGACAUGGAUCCAAUUAUAGCUCUAUCAUGCUCCCCAGCUCCUGUCACUGAAAUUCUAUUCUAUAUUCUCAACUCCCUCAUUCUCUUCCUCCCCGUACUCUACAUCCUUGGAUCUUACAUCCUUCUCCUAAGAGCUGUGCUACAAGUUCCCUCAGCUGCUGGCAGGCGUAAGGCUUUCUCCACAUGUGGAUCCCAUCUGGCUGUUGUCUGUCUCUUCUUUGGGAGCCUUAUGAUCAUGUAUGUGAGCCCAACAGCUGAGAACUCAGAAGUACAGAAGAUAAUAACCUUGUUCUAUUCAGUUGUGACACCAUUUUUAAAUCCCCUGAUCUAUAGCCUCCGUAACAAAGAGAUGAAGGUAGCCUUCAAAAAAGUCAUGAGGAUUGCUUCAGAAUAA